AUGGCGGAAAAAGAUACUCCAAGUAGGAAUACUCGAGGUAGUCCUCAUGCUUAUGAUGGUCCUAGUUUCUCUUUGGGAUUUUCACAACAACAACUUCCAAUUGCAGGAGAAUUUGCUAAAAUUGCUGCUGAGAAAAGAAGCAAGAAGAUUCAUGACCCAUCAAGGAUGCGUCAACUUCCUCCAACUGAAGUUCCAAAACAGAGCAAGCCAAAAGAUGACGUACCAGUAAAAAAAGGUUCUAAAGUUGCUCAACAAAAUAAGAGAAAAGUAACCAAGCCUUCUUUAGACGUUAAGGGUAAAAAUGUUGUUAAAGAUGUAGAUCUGGAAGAGGAUGAACAGGAUCCUAAAUUCUAUGUUAGGAGUCAUCCUGAAGAGGCUCCAUCGAUGCAACGGUACACUAAUAUCGAGGUGUUCAAAGAUAUCAAGAGUAAGCUAACUGUUGCACAGUUAGAGAUCUUUUCCAAGACAAUAUUUGGGAAAUUCCUCGGAAUGCAUCACCUGGAGGUUCAAGCACAAAUUUUUAGGUCCUUCAUGGUAAGAGAGCUCAAGGAGAGCACUUCUGAUUGCUUUACAAUUGAUAUAAAUGGUACCGUAUUGAGAUUUACCAUGAAAGAAUUUGCCCUUAUGAGCGGGCUAAAUUGUGUAGCCGAUGAAGGUGAAUUUACAUACGAUGAGGAAAAAUCGAAUAGGAUUAUGGAUGAUUAUUUUGGUGGAACUAGGAGUAAAGUAAAAAGAUUGGAGUUCAUUGAUUGCUUUAAGAAUAAGUGUUGGGGAGAUAAUGAUGAGAACGCUGUUAAGUUUGCAAUUUUGUUUUUUAUAAAUACAUACAUCUUUUGCGGUGAGCCUAGGAAAACGAAUAUACCAAGGGUUCAUUUUGAAGUGGUUGAGGAUGGAAGGUAUGUAGAUUAUCCAUGGGGCAAAGAAGCUUUUAACGAGUUGAUUAGAAGCAUCAGCAAGAAGUAUUCUGCCACAACACAGUAUUAUAGGAUCCAUGGGAUGCCACUGGCUAUGCAAGUUUGGCUUUAUGAGUGUUGUUCAAGAGUUCCAUCGUAUCUCGCUAUUAAAUCCGGAAAUUCCAUUCCAAGAAUGUUGAAUUGGAGGUCCAUCGACAGUCAGCCCAAAUAUAAUAUUUUGAUGAAAGACAUUUUUAGAGACGGCAAACAGUCGUGUUCAAAAUUGUUCAAAAUGUACCCAAGUCACAGAUAUGCAGUGGAUGACUUUGAUGAUUUCAGUACUACUCCCCCCCACCUUUCUAAGGGCAAACAGCAACAACGGACGAAUCAGACAGAUUCUCCACCUUCAAAGAGACGCAGACAACUUCAUACAACAGCUUCCACAUCUAAGAAACAACAAAUCCACACCGAACCACAGACAACUGUGAAGAAGAAUCACAAGGAUCAAAAGGUUGCUCAAAAACCUAUUUUACAGAAGUCUGCUUCACCAAAGUUGAAUGAACAAAUGAAUAGACCCCAAAACACCACAGUCCUACGUGAUGUCCCUACUAGUUCCAUGAAAGAGGAAAUGCAAUUGCUAAGGAAAGAUUUUCAAGUUUUCAAGGAAUCAGUCAUUGGUGAGUUCACAAGUGAGUUGUCCAAGCUUCGAACUUUCAUGGAUGACAACUUCAAGAAGCUAUUUGAAGCAAUCAAGGUGAACAAUUCUGCGGACAAGGCUGCCGAUAGUGAGGCGCCGGAGCAUCAAACUGAUGCUGGGCUACAGUUAACACCUGAAGAAAACUUACGACAUGAUUCUAUCAUUCAAACAUCUCCUCCGAAACAUGAUGAUGAGUCAAUUAAGGGUGUUGGACCAAAGUUACAUGAGGAAGUUCCGGAAAUUGUAGUAACCGCCGGAAAUUUAAGAGCAGAUACACGUAAAGCUUCAUCUGAAGAGAUUAAUCGGGCGGACGAAGGAUCUUUCAAUUCAACAGAGGGAACGGUCGCAGAGAUGCUCAUUGAGUUACCUCUAAAAACUCGUGUACCAGAAGCAGGUGCGGGAAUACAACCCGGGGACAUCACUGAUCAUUCAAUUUUAGAGACUCCACACAGGUUCGAUGAGAACAUUACUAAGUCACAAUGGUUGAUCCCUGACGAAAUGUUACCAAGCCAAAUAGGUUCGUCAGGAUUAUCUGUGUUUCAUCAAACUGGUCACAAAGGAUUUGUUAUGUCAGUAAUGUCUGCUGAUAAAGGAAUACAACAACCCGUGAUUAAUGCGGAAGUUGUAAUUGCUCAACCAGAUGUUAUUCCAACUAGGAUAGUCAAACCUAGUAAAUACUUCAGUUCACCUUACAUGACCAAUUACGGCUCUGCAGAAGCUUCUGUUCAAGACCCCACACCUUCCAUAUUUGAAAAGAAGCAUCCAUUUGUUGAAGAUCCAAUUAAUGGCCCGCGAAAUACUUCGCUUAUUCAACAAUACCGGAAUUGGCUUGAACGGGAUCUACUUCUAAGGCAUGAUAAAAAAAAGGGUAAGGAAAGCCGUUACAAAAAGAAUAAGCAAGCUUUGGAUCCAGAUGACAUCAAUUUUGGCUUCAAUUUUGGUGUGUUACAUGUUGACGACAAAAACUGGUUCUAUCUCUUAUCGAUGAAUGGACAGUCUUGGAAUGAUGAGCAUAUUGAUGUCAUUUUUUACUACUUGCGGAAGAAAGGCAAGUACGACAAGGAUAACAGAUUCAAAUUCACAACUGUUGACUGUAUGUUCUUCUCCAAAAUUGAUGAAAUUCAUCGUGCAUAUGCUAAUCCGGAGGGGAACAGUAGUGUUGCCAGUUCGGAGAACGAAAUAUGCGAGUACAUUAACGGGCAUAGGAUGCUAGCUAAUGUGCCAUGGCAUACAGUUGAUUGUGUUCUCAUCCCUGUCAACAUCAAAGAGGAAAAUCACUGGAUCUUGAUUAUAGUGCCAUUCACUGACAGGCGUCUGUACAUCUACAACUCAUACCGAGCUGCUGGUCAUGAUGCUGUUGUUAGAAGAGAAAUACACAAGAUAGCUACCCUAUUGCCACAUCAUCUAUAUUUGUCUGGAUUUUAUGAGAAAAAAAAGGCAUCGAUUGGAUUAACCACCCAUCAUACAAGGGCAAACAACAGACUGAUGACUUUCAUGUCAUGUAUGGAUUGUGGUGUGUAUGUUGCCGUAUUUGCUGAAUACUUUUGUUCUGGACGAGGCGUUCCAUCUGAAAUUGAUGCAGAAACACUACGUAAUAGAUACGGGGCAUUACUAUGGGAAUACGGAUGGCAAAAGGCUGAUUUGAAUGCCUUCAGUGACAAUGAACUGCCGCCAAGACCAGUUAGGCCUGCCAUAGAUUACAACGCGGUCGACACAGUAGUUGUUAAUUAG